CCGUACGUUGCGCCUCUGCGGUAUUAUAAUCAGGGUCUCCCGAGAGCGCCCCUCUACGUCCCUGACACAUGGGCGGUUACCGAAGUGUGUUCUUCCUCAUUAUUUCGGUGCUGUAAGUUAAAGCCUCUUGUAGCCAGGUAUAGUCCAGAGAAUACCAGGUUUUGCUUUACGUGUGCUAUGGAGACCCGUUAUUUUACAUUUCUCGGCCUGUUAUUUGCACUAAGCACAACAUACUCUUCAACCAACUUUGACGAGUCGUCGCUAACGGUAAAUCUCAACGUAGAAAACACCCCUGUUCAAAAUGGCGGAAACUUCUCACUCAAACUACCAGCCGGAAGUGACGUCACUUCCGUGAACAUCAGAUGCAGGGCACAGAGCAACCAGCUGUCUGUCAAUGGCGUCUCUUUGUCCUGCGAUUUCGGGAAAGGUCCGAGAGCGAAAUCUGUUUCCGGACGUUCGGCCCUAUUUCCGGUCAAGCUGUACGGCACCGGAACUGCCGUGUGUACGUGUGCGGCAUCCCAUGCCGGCGGCUCUUACAGGAAGACAAGUACAGUAACUAUACGGCAUACAGCCCUUCCUUAUGCACCGACAACAUCACCAUUUCUCGAGGUCAACAACAGCACCUUGCCCGACGGGUCGACUUUAACGGUGGUUCUCAACUCGACCGCCACUAAGGUCUCCGUCAGGUGCGGGGUGUCCGGCGGGUACCCCCGGGUCCACCAGACCACCCUCAAGUGUGGGAACAAAACCGUGGGGGUCCCCAAGCCCGUGGUGACCUUCACCAUCACGUACACCAAACAGAUGGACGGCCAGAUGUGUGUGUGCUCGGCGGAUCACGUGACUGGACGGUACAACAAGACGGCCAGGUUUACGUUUGACAUACAAUACCCAGCUCGAGUCAGACACCUGACAGCCAACAACAAGACAGGUGUCCUCAAGGUGAGACCAGACACACCUGUCGUCAUCGAGUGUCAAGCAGACGGCAAUCCUGUUCCAGAGCUCACCCUGCGAGGCCUUAAGACAGGAACGGCUGCAUUUGGUAAACCAACCAACACCCAAUCCAACACGCUGUCUCGGUCAUUCAAUGCCACAACGUCACUCGAUGACGUAUAUGUCUGCACUGCUAAAAAUAGCUUGAACGGAAAUGUCGUAUCCGAUCGGUUAGUCCAAGUAUCUGUAGGAAAGCAAGCUCCUUCCCUCAUCGCGAGAUUUACCGUCAACGGCGAGACGAAGGUUGAAGUUGAGGCUGGUGCUAGACUUGACUUCCGGUGUGAAACCGCUGGGUAUUUGGUGCAAUGGACCAUCAAGAGCGUCACUUCCGACACCACAUUACGUAACAGCCUGACCAAGACACGCAGCCUUCACGUGUCUGAUCUAACUGCGUCAUGUGACGUCAACCGUGGAACGUUCGAGUGCCACGCCGCCUACACCAGCAGCUCCAGUUCCAGGACGGACUCUAGGACAGUGGAGGUCAUCGUCAAAAACUGUCCAAAAUGAUCAUCCUAAUCAAAGACAUGCAUAGACAACAUAUUGAAAGAUACUAAUCAACAUCGUAAUUAAAGAUACCAAGACAGAUUGUGUUGAAGCACACGCUAUAUUUAGCCUGCAUGGAAAAUAAAUCCUUUCAGAUCUAGUUUUAGUUGUA